AUGAUCGUCGGGACGUCCAUGUCUCUCGCCGACGACUGCAUACACCGCCCCCCCCCCCGGUUUCGAUCUUCGAUUUCUCGACUCAGCUCUGCCUCCGCGGUCAGCAGGCAUCACUCGCCUCCGGAAUGGGUCAUCCAUGGGGCAUCUCAGAUCACGCCUCCCAACCCCGUUUUCGCUGGCCAAAUAUGCCGUCAAUGGACGGCUGGGUCUGAGGCCGUCGUCAAGAGAUACAGCAUGUCGCUAGUCAUCCCAUCCCCCUUGACUGUCCCUUUCGUUGACAGUCCCCGCAGAGAUGAGUGGCUGUACGGAACGCCACCGCCCAACAAUGCGUUGGAAAGGAAGUUUCGCACAAAGAACGCCCCGUGA